UUUUGAAUAUUUCUUUUAAUUUGGUUUGUUAUCGAUAUCGGCAUUGUUUCCUUCGUUAAACGGUUUUCAAACGAUUUCUGAAUCUGCGGUUUUAAAGACUAUAGUACAAAUAAACUUCUCAGAAAGUAAUGGCGUUAAAUGGGGAUGUUUGGCAGAACUUAAGUUAUACCAAAAAGGUAGCUUUACUUGGGUCACUGCGUACCGAUUGCAGUUUCAUUAUUGGUAGAGGUGUUAAUGCGAAAAUUAUAGGAGCCCAUAAAUCAAUACUAUCUCGAGGUUCGACCGUUUUUGAAAGUAUGUUUAAUGGUAAUUAUCAAGAAGCGAAUAACGAUGCUCCUAUACCGUUACCAAAUGUUGAGGACUUUGCUGACUUCAAAGUGAUAUUGGAGCAUGUUUACUAUAAGAAGAUGCCGUUAUUAGAUAAAAUAAGUUUGGAACGGUUAAAGCAUGUUUCAUACCUAGCAGAUUACUUCUUAUUGGAUGAAAUCGUGACAAAUUGUCAUAUUAAAGUGGUGAAAUACGCUGCGGAGAAUGUCAUAAAUUUGUAUGAUUUCGUACAAUUGUUUGAAUAUGAAAAAAGGCAUAAACUGGAUUCGAUUUAUGUGAAAACAGAACAGCGCACUAGUAUUCCGCUGGUAGAAUUUAAAAACACGUGUUGGUUUGAUUCGAAGGAAUUAUUACAAAAUUCAUCCAUCUACGAUUUAUCAGGUUUAGAUUUCUAUGAUUUACUUCUGUUGCCAGUUCUUAAAUUAACGGAGAUAGAACGUUUCAUUUUAAUUGAAAACUACGCGAAAAUAAAUAAUUUAAAUAUGGAUGAAUUUGUUGUAAAUAAACUAGGCGGUGACGGAGAUGAUGGCGAUAAUGCCAAAAUAAUACCUCCAAGUAAGGAUAUAACUCUUAAUGAAAUGUUCGAUCUAAUUAAUUUUUCAAAAAUGACGGAAAAAGAAUUCAAAAAGGGCCCUGCUUCUUCAAGGAUUUGGAACAUAUCACCAGAAGAAAAGCUUGAAAUAUCUCUUCAGCUUUGUAAGGUCUAAGCCAUACGGGUAUAGUACAGCCUACACCAAAAAGUUUACUAGUUUCUUGUAUUUAUUCCUGUUAAUAGAAAUGUAAUUGAAACCUUCGUUGUAAUGAAAUUAAAGCAAAAAUUAAAUUCCUUUUUUUUUUACUUGUUUACACAAGGAGAGUUCAAUAUUCACACAA